CGGCGGCGGCGGCGGAUCGUUUCGGCGGCAGAGACAGUCCCGCAGCGCGGGUACCCCGCAGUCGGUGUAGUCCGCAGGGCGGCAAUUGGAUUUCCAGGCUUUUUUGAAGAUGUCGGUGGUGGCUUCAGUCAGCGAAUGUCUAGAGCUUCAGCUGCUAGAGCUGGAAAUGUUGUUUUCAAUGUUUCCAAACAAAGGAGAAGUCUGUCUUGAGGAUGCUAAUUCCGUAAGGCGAGUGAGGUCCUACUUGAAAAAUCCGAAUGGACCCCUCCCCCCCAGAAUUGGGUUUGUAGUUAUGGUCUAUACAGACUUUGAGGGCGACGUGGAGCUGCAGGUGGCCUUCCCUCAGAACUACCCCAACGCCAAGCUGCAGCUCUUCGGGCGCUCCUACUCCCUGGACCGGCAGCAGCAGCUGCAGCUCAACAAGGACCUCACCGCCUACAUCACCACCUUCGACGCGGGAGAGCUGUGCGUGUGUGCGGCCGUGCAGUGGAUCCGGGACAACAGCGCCCCCUACUUCCGGAAGAGCAAGCUCUUCUCGGAGCCCGUGGCCAAGCGCAAGGUGGUGAAGACCAUGUUUCACCGCAUGUGGAUCUACAGCCACCAGAUCUGCCGGCCGGAGCUGCGCCGGAGGAUCCUGGACAGCGCCAAGCGCCAGGGCCUCACGGGGUUCUUCAUGACGGGGAAGCCGGGCAUAAUCUGCGUGGAGGGCCGGAAGGAGCAGUGCGAGGAGUUCUGGCACACCAUCCGCUCCCCCAACUGGAAGCACAUCUCGUGCAAGCACGCGGAGACGGUGCAGGUGGAGGGCAGCGGGGACGAGCUGCGCAUCUUCAAGGUGUUUGAGGAGCUGCAGUUUGAGAGCCACCACGGCCACGGCUUCAGGCACGACUACCACAUAGAUCUGGGCAAGUUCCUGGAGUUCCUCAGGAAGCACCAGAGCGAGCAUAUUUUUCAGAUUCUAUUUGGCAUCGAGAGCAAGCACUCCGACCACUAGGAAGGCGCCGGCAGAGCAGCAGCUGCAGUUUUGCGAGGGGUUCCACUAAGAAUAAACACUUGAGUUAGAAAGGGAUUCCGGGGAGAGGCUAGCUGCUGCGGCCCAGAGGCGCGCUUUCUGUUUGUUUUUGACCAUCCUUUUCUGGGGUAGUGAAGGAGGUGUGCAGCAUCACCCUGUUACUUCCAUUAAGAAGCUCUCGAUGUGAAAAGUUCCUCCUCUGAAACCAGUCAAUGCCAGCUCUCGCACUUAGUCUUGAGAGGUUAUGGGACUUGCCCAUGAUCACAAAGCUCCCAUACCGGAGAGGCAGAAUCGAACCCCGCUCUUCCAGACCUCAAGGCCAGCCCUCCAACCAUUAGGCAAUGCUUCCUCUUAAAAACAGGGACCCCCCCCCCCCCCCCCCCC